AUGAAGCGGCCACUGAGCCCCUCACCCCCUGCUGAGGAGCCCCCUAUAUCUGAAGCUGCAGAUUGCUCCCCUCAACCCCCAGAACUGCCUAAGUCCAAGAGGGAAAGGAAACAGCCAUCCUACACGCUCUGUGACGUCUGCAACAUUCAGCUAAACUCAGCAGCCCAGGCACAGGUGCACUGCGGGGGCCGUGCCCACCAGAGGCGGCUGCGCCAACUCAGCCUGGGGAAGACCCCCACCGGGCCAGCAGGCUCAGCCUCCAGCGCCCCCAGCCCCCUGCUGGCCUCCCUGGCCCUGCCCACCAGGCCUCUGCAACCCCCCUUGGACUUCAAGCACUUGCUCGCCUUCCACUUCAAUGGCGCCAUCCCACUCAGUCUCUUCCCCAACUUCAGCACGAUGGACCCAGUCCAGAAAGCUGUCAUCAGCCACACAUUUGGGGUCCCCUCUCCUCUGAAGAAGAAGCUCUUCAUUUCCUGUAACAUCUGUCAUCUGAGGUUCAACUCAGCGAACCAGGCUGAAGCCCAUUACAAAGGUCACAAACAUGCCAGAAAGCUCAAAGCUAUUGAAGCUGCCAAGAACAAGCAGCGGCUGCAAACCCCAGCCCAGGACAGGGCACCAGAGUCUCCAAGCCCAACUCCAGUCAGUGGUGCUGCUGGACAGCUACAGAGCAAAGCAGUUCCUGCAGCCCUUCCUCCUGGCCAGCCACUCCAGCCACCUCUGACCCCAGCCCCCAGCCCCAGAGAGACAGCCCACUCAGACCUCCUGGAUGUUGCCUCCUCUUCAUCUUCUUCCACCUGCCCACCGUGCUCCCCAGAGCCCAGGACAGAGAUCCCAGAGCUGGAGUCUGCUGCUACAGGAAGUGGGGUUAGCGGGGAAGGAAGGAGAGAGAAGGGGCGUCUCUACUGCCCCACCUGUAAAGUGACUGUGAACUCAGCCUCUCAGCUUCAGGCUCAUAACACAGGAGCCAAGCACCGGUGGAUGGUGGAGGGUCAGCGAGGAUCCCCCCGAAAGGGCAGGGGCCACCCAGUGCACCGAGGAGGAGCUGGACACAAGGCAAAAAGAGUGACAGGAAGCCGAGGGGGACACCAGGGGCCCAGCCCCCCAUUUCACUGUGCUGUGUGUCAGCUCCAGGUCAAUUCAGAGACCCAGCUCAAGCAGCACAUGAGCAGCAGGAGGCACAAAGACCGCUUGGCCGGGAAGCUCCCCAAGCCCUCCAGCCAGCACAGCAAGCUGCAGAAGCACGCAGCGCUGGCUGUGAGUAUCCUCAAGUCUAAACUGGCCUUGCAGAAGCAACUCACCAAGACACUGGCAGCCCGCUUCCUGCCCAGCCCGAUCCCCGCUGCAGCUGCAGCCAUCUGUGCCCUACCAGGGCCUCUGACCCUCCGGCCUGCCCCUGCAGCUGCCACCACCCUUUUUCCAGCUCCCAUCCUGGGACCAGCUCUGUUUCGCACCCCAGCAGCUGUCCGCCCUGCCACAGGACCCAUUGUCUUUGCCCCCUAUUAGCUCUCCUGCAGAGACCAGGGCUGACUUCCCAGCAUUCAUUCUCCAAGUUGGAUCCUCUCUUGAGUUACCUUGGUUCCUGCAUCCCAUGGAAGACAAAUGCCCUUAGCUCAAGGGUUCCCAUUGGCCCAGUCACGAGCAGGGCUAGUUUUAAGGGAAGCUGAGCUUCACUUCCUCUUGACUGGGGAUUCAACCAGUGGCCCCCUAGUUGAAGGACCAUGCCCACACUCUUUUCCCCAGCUUCCUAGGUCUUGUCCUGGGCUCCCCUGCAUUUCCUAACCUACUCUGAGGAGCAAAUUGACAAAUCCCAAAGAUCUAUGCAAAACAUUUCCUGCAGCCCUUUCCCUUUGUCCACUGAUGACCUAUAUCCAUGUGGCCAGAGGCGAGGCCCUAGGAAUCUUAAUUGGCCUGGGAACAAGUCAAUGACUGUACUCCCAAGAUCCUGGAAAGAGGUCUUCGCCAAUUCCCUAGAUGAUCUAGAGAACCAAUGGAUGCGAGGGAUGGGGUUUUUAAGCUGUGGGUGGGAGGGGGCCAGUGGGAGAGGGCUCAAGGCUAUCUUCAGAGUGAUCUUGGGGGUUUAAGACAUAAAGGAAACAGUGCUAAGGUGGAGCAAAGUCAGGGGAGGAACGGGAGGUCAAAGCUUUGUGGGCCUCAUAUGCUAAGAGAAUGAAUUUAUGAUAAGGCUAGGUGGCUAUAAUAUUCUGGCUGAGCCCACUAUUAUUAGAGAGAGAGAGAGAGAGAGUGUGUGUGUGUGGUUUUGGGGCUUGCUUUCAAGCCUUGCGCUUGGCAGAAUGUGCCCUAUCUCCCAUGGACCCAGUUCUAAUAGAGCAAGUGAUUGAUUAAUCCCAUGAAAGCUCCCCCUCUCAGCCUUAUUGGUCCCCAAGACUGAACCUAGCCAACAACCCUCAGAGCCCCCCCGUGUUUCCUAUCUAGCUCCCCACCCUAAACUGGUCACUAGUACUAUUCAGUUUUCCUUCCUCCCAGCUAGUACUCUAAGCACCCUCACUGUGAGAUUCAGUAUUGAGAUCCCACUCAUGAUUCAGUUUCAUGUUGUCACAGUCUCCUCCCCUGCCCACUGCAUGUGUCGUUCCCCUCCCCCCACACCUUAUGGGACUCUGCCAGUAUCCAGUUUUUUUAAAAAGAAUUUUCAGUAGGAAAAGAAAAAUGGAGGGAAACUUUUUUUGAUAAGUUGUAGUUUUAUUGUGUUUAACAUCUCAAUAAAUGAACUUGAAACCCAA